AUGUCAAUACCCACGACAACUGCCUCAUCCACCACAGUAGAUGGGAGCCAACUCCCCAACACAACCAUUCACCCAUUUGGUGCGAUGCAAGACAGCCGCAGUGAUGUCUCUCAGUUUACAGAAAGAGAUCCACUGAUCACUCCACCACCGACCAUCUGGACAAGGUUCAACGCUAAAUUCAGAUUUGGCAAAUUCAUCUUGCUUGGGGCAGGUGCAUUGGGGAUAUUCACUGUCAUGCUGGUUGUAUUAGGGACAUUAGGUGUAUUCAAGAAUAAGCGAUAUAGAAACGAAGUAGGCAUAUCCAUUGGUAAAUCUAAAUACAAGGGCGAUAGUAGAGGCUCUUGGGCGAACAAUGAUAUCAGUGGUGAAGGUGAUGGUACCUAUUACGAUCCAGGUGUUGGAUUAACGGCCUGCGGCACUUCUUUUACUGCUUCAGAUUACAUUGUCGCCAUGAAUGCUUAUGAUUUCGGUGAAUCAGAUAAUCCAAAUCAAAGCCCUGUGUGUGGUGCUUGUAUUAUAGUGACAGGCCCCACUGGAAGUCAGAAAGCACAAGUCCAAGACAUUUGUCCUGCUACUGGAUGUGGACGAGGAUCUGUAGAUUUGACACCAGCGGUAUUCAGCAAUAUUGGCGACAUCGCAGAAGGCAGAAUUCCAAUUAGUUGGAAAAUUUGUUGA